AUGGGAGUGAGGGGACUCUUCUCAUACAUUCGAAAAGAACAGGGCAAUUUUCGCCCCAUCCAGUUGAGAAAUUCAUUUAUAAUUCUGGAUGGCUAUAACAUAAUAUGCAAGUUAUAUUUGCAUUCGUCUCUCUACACCCAGUAUAACGGCGAAUAUUUUGCGUUCGACAUUAUUGUAGAAGAAUUUUUACUAAAUCUAAAGAAGUGUAAUCUUGAACCUAUAUUUAUCUUUGAUGGCCUGCAUGAGUUUUCCAAAUUGAAUACUAUCUUAAAACGAAGCACGGAUCGAAUUAUCACUUUGUCCCAUCUUCAAGAAAAUUCAACACGUGGACCAAUUCGAGAUGGGACUUCAGCCGAUUUCCGAGUGUCUAUUGAACCAACCCUCGUUAGUAUGACAUUUUUCCGAACUCUACAACGACUUGGCGCCCGCUACGUUGUUGCCGAUUUUGAGGCAGAUCAGUUAGCCGCUGCUAUGGCAAUGCAUCUUGGUGUUCCCCUUAUAUCUAAUGACUCCGACUAUUUUAUCCUUGGUCCUUAUUGGGCAAACAAGGGCUGUGAAUUGAUUUACGUCCCUACAGAAUCUUGUGAUUUUUUUACUACCCAUGAGUCUAAUGAGGGUUUCUACAUUUCUGCUGAGCAGUAUACAGCAACUGAGAGCAUUACCUUCCGUAACCUUUCUCCAAUUCAAAUUCCACUAUUCGCUGUUCUCAAUGGGAAUGAUUAUGUGCCUCCAUAUUACUUUCAUGCUUUUCUUCCUGGAGGAACGCAGCAGCAGCCUUAUGCAACAUCGAAUAAUGCUGCAAGAACUGCCUCACGAUUUCGACGUCUAAUUGAAUGGCUCUCAGGAUUUGGGAAUGAUAUCGUUGGUCCUGUGGAUCGGAUCCUCUCCAAAUUUCCAAAAUCUGAAAGAUCUAAAGCCUUUAAUUUUAUAUGUGCUGGUCUUGCCUCUUAUCAUGUUCCCUUUGAGGAUCUUCCAACUUAUAUGUCUUUCAUUUUUGGCGAUGAUGUUCCUCCUUCAAAGGUGGCUCAAUCCCCUCCUAUCCUAUCCAACCUUUCAGAUAAAUCCUACGGAUUAAAAGCUCUACAUGUUUUAGCUGUGGGGGAACCGAGUCCACGGUACCUUUCUGUUUGGCCUCCACGUCUGUUAAGGGCUUUCCGCAAUGGGCAUAUCCCAACUUCGGCGUGUGAUGCCCUUUUUGCCUUUGGAAUGGUCCUUAAAGGUGUCGUGGAGGAUUAUCAGUCUAGGGAGCCCUUUAAUUUGUGCAGUCUUCCUCUUCGACGAAUCUUGGUGGGUCUGCUUGUUGAUACCUAUCCUUCGAACACCUUCCGUCUUCCGGGGAUCUUCAAGAACAAUGGAAAUCUUUCCUAUAAAGAGUACCGUCGGGAGGGAUGCACUGUCAUGAUCCACAAAAUUGUGAACUUUGAUCAGAUUUCCCUCAAAGGUUUCCCCAAUGGAUUUGCAUUCCUCCAACAUCAUUUACAUCUUCCUGAUCGGCCUCCCAUUAUUCCAAAGUGGUUGCACUCUGUGGCUUGUGUUCUCUUUUUGUGGGCUAGAUUUGAUGCCCGUCCUGAAACAGAGAAUCUGUCUACUUCUUCAGUUGGCUUGGCUGUAAGUCUCUGUGCAAUUGCUGUUCAAAUGAGGCUUCUGGAGAAGGGUUCCAUUAUCGAUGUUAGAGGCCGUAGUGACAUUAAUGGGAAGUUAAUGUCCAUAAGAGGCAGAAAUAUUUCUGGAGCAAGAAUGGAGCCCUUAAGAUUCGCCUAUCUGCAUAUUAUUGCACAAAUCGAAUCAGUGUAUAGCUAUUUAACUGCUUUAAUUGAUGUCAUUGAUGCGUUGAUGCCAGAAGAAGUUGGGUGUGGAAUGGAAUUUCUUCCACCACAGAUAAUGUUCCCAUCGGGAUGUCUGGCACAUCAUAUUGCCUGCAGACUGUCAUAUGCUCAACCGAAGGAUAGAAUGAGAGAGGCUAUGGAGACUUGGUUGCCAGAGCUUCUUGGUCGUGUUGAAGCUCAAUUUUUAGAACAGAUUAAAUCGAUGUUUUCAGGAUUGAUAAGGUUCGUAGAUAGUUGGACGGCUUCUGUACCGCCAGCGGAAUUCCGGAAGCGUAGAAGAGACCACCCCCCACCUAGUACUUCAAAUCACCGACCAGAUCAACCGAGACGGGCAGAUAAUCGUCUUCGUGGAGAUGCUUGGCAACCUCGGAAGGAAGCAGAACUGGAAGCCGCUGUGGAAAAGCGUAUGCGGGAAAACGGUCUUAUUGAUUAG